AUGGUUAAUCUAGCAGUCCACCGUAGUGCACACCGUGCUGCAAAAAAAUAUACUCAUCCGGAUACUUAUCCUAACGCAAAACAGUUGAAAAGAUCCACUGAAGUGUUGCUGUUCUCAGUGUGCAUCUUGUUCCUAUUCACCACAUUCAUCACUUUCAUCGUCGCUACAGCAGGUUCCACUGCUAAUUACUCCCCAAUCCAUAACAUCUACAUCGGUGAUGCCGACAUCAAGCAUAUUAACGUCACUAAAGUCUUGCCACAGAUUGCUCCUAUCCUAACAGUGCUGGGUACAGCUCUGUCAGCCCCAAACAGCUCUUUGUCUGAAGUUUUCAACUCAUUGAAAGCUAUCGCCGAUACUCCAGCUCUGACCCCACUGCUAAACUUGCUAAAGAACGCCAAGAACACUUCGGACUCCGUAGUGGCCUUGACUGAGUUGGCUCCUUUAGCUAUCAGCAGCGACAGCUCCUCGUCUACUAAGGAACUGAUCGCAAUCAGCGGCCUGCUCUCGUUCUCCAACAACACUAACCAAACUUUGGAAUCCCUAGGUAACCUGGUCAUGCCAACCCUAGCACAAUUGAAGAGCGGCCAACCUUCCGAUAACUCGACUUCCAUUGUACUAAGUAUCCUACAAGGAUCAGACAACAAAGUUGCCUCUGUUGACUCUUUGAUUACCUUGAACAACAUGACCUUGGCAGAAAAGACCAAGCUACUACCAGUGUUCCAACUAUUUGGCUACACUACAAACAUUAACAACACUGUCGAUGCCUUGGGUGACCUGAUGAACGCUAAUGUGCCAACUCAAUUAGGUGUCACUCUACUAACAACCAUUCAAAGUUCUUUGAACGGUGAGGCUGACCAAGAUCUGUCGCCACUGUUUGACAGAAUCGGAGGAUCUGUCCCAGAAGAUAACAAACAAUCAGUAGAAGCGGUAGAAGCUUUAUUAAACGACUCCAGCAACAAGAACGGUACCAUCAACAACUUACUAAGUUUGUUAAGACAAAAUGUUACUACCUCCCCAUCUGCAAAAGCAGCUUUCCAAGCCAUGUCUACCUUGCUUGAUCACUCCAACAACCAAACUAUGGUUCUACAAAGUUUGCCAAUUCUUGCCGCUGUUCGGAACACUACAUUGGCUCAAGCUCAGUUGGAAGGUCUACAAGGAAUGCUACAGGUCAGUACUAACCCAGUUCAAACUCUGGGCAUCAUUGCAGCUUUGCAAGCGGGUAUGGCCGAUCCAAACACUAACACUGAUGCAGUCCCAGCUCUGUUCAACUUACUUUCAGCUUCUGACAACCCUGCAAACUCAUUCACAUCCUUAGUUGCCUUAACAUCCUGGGCUACAAGUAACCCAGAUACUUUCAGACCAAUUGUCAGCAUUCUAGAGGAUGCAAACUCCGUCGAACCUGUUACCCAGGAACAACUGAAGGCAAUGACACCUGCUUUACUUGACUUCCUGCAUGUUCCUGUUGACUUUAGACUAUCUAUCUUCACACUUUGCCACGUUAAUGGACAGGGAGAAAUUACCGACUGUAACUCUCCACACGCUGUUCAAAAUCUGGACUUCAGGUCUAUCAUCUAUGAUGCAUUAUUGGACUCCGAUUUCCAACCUUAUUUGAAAGCAUUGAACAUUAGCAAAUAUGACUUGUACCUAGAAGGCAAAUUACUACACAGACAACACGAAUAUGUACCUGCUGUCAAGGCUGUUCUUGCUAUGAAUAUCUUAACCAUUAUCACCUCAUUCUUUGGCAUUAUUGGUUUUAUUCUGUUAAUAGCUCCAAAGUAUAACAGAAAACUAGGUCUGUGGAUUUACACAGUUGUAUUGACCCUAUCCACUGCCUUAUUCAGUUGUCUGGGUGCUGGUAUUAUCGCCAUUAUGAUCUCUAUCAUUAAAUCUGGUACAAGUCAUGAUAAAUUCAAUGUCGUUUUCAGCACUGGUGGUGCUUACUCUGGAUGUGUAUGGGCAGGUUUUGCAGUGGCAUUCUUUGCAUGCUUGAUAGUUCUAUAUUGCGCCUUCUACGCAAGAGUUGGUAAACCUCGUGGUCAACCAUUUGGUGACGAGAAAGGAUAUGAUAAUGAUAUGUCCAGUAUGUCCAAUAGUAGUGAGAAUAACAAUUAUGAAUCUGAGAAGGUUGUUCAAACCGUUGAUGUUGCAGACGUUGAUGAGGACGAUAGCUCUUCGCCAGAGCAAGUUAACAAACAACAACCAAAGGACACAGACAUUAUUGUUUGA